AUGGAACUCAACCGAGAACUUUUUCGCGCCAUAAUUUAUUACAACUUUCAGAGACAAUUAUCGCAAACAAUCACCCAGGAAGACGUCGAUGCUGCGUCCUUGAAGAUCUCAAAAACCUCAAUUCAAAAAAAUUUACAUGAAGAAUUAUUAGUAAGAAAAUUAGUUUCUCUGCAGAAAGCAGCCAGGGUUAAUUGGUGUCAAAAAACGCUUGACCGUUUCUAUCCCGGAAACUCAAAAAAUGUGUACAGCAUUGUUAGUGGUGAUGAAUCGUGGAUUUACUGUUAUGAACCAGAAAAUAAACGACAGUCGGCUGUUUGGGUGUUCCAAAAAACUGUAACUGCGGAUUGGUAUACCACCAUUUGUUUGCCAAAAGUCAUCACCGAGCUUCGAAAAAUCAACCCAGAAAGAAGAAUCAUCCUCCACCAAGACGAUGCAAGCUCGCACACAGCCCAAAAAAUAAGGCAGUAUUUAACGGAAGAAAACGUGGAAUUAUUGGACCAUCCUCUAUAUAGUCCCGAUCUAAGUCCUAACGAUUUCUUUACUUUCCCGAAAAUUAAAAACAGACUGCGUGGUCAAAGGUUCCAGUCACCAGAAGAAGCAUGUGAUAAGUGCUUCGAAAAUUGGUUCGAGCGCAUGCAGAUGUGA